GGAGAACUGGGCACACGUAAGAGCACUUUCUGUGCUUUUGUUGUCCAAAGUCUCUGUGGUUCAGUUUGGUUUGCUAAGAUUUUCUUUGUUCAAUUUAAAGUCUAAAUGACUGCGGGACAGGACCAGGAUCUUAAUUACAUAAAUGUGACUUUUAAGGCCAACAAUACAUCUGCUCAAGAAAAAACACAGAACAUGGAGGUCAUCUAUGAUGAGGUGAAGACAGAAGAGAAGUCAUGGGACACACAUCCAAAAACCUCAGACGAUAAGAAGAAACCUGCAUCUCAUGGUCGUCUUGUUUGGGCUGCUGCCAGUUUAGGCAUCCUUUGUCUCAUCCUGAUUUUUGUCAUUGCCUCUCUCAGCAUCUCCUUCGCGCAGGAGCACCGAACACAGAGCAUGAUGUUAACGGCGCAGAACCAGCAGCUGCAGACGGAGAAGACCGCCUUACAGAGACAGAUGCAGAACCUGAGCACAGACAGGGACAAACUGAACUGGACCAUCAGUGUCAUCCUGGACUACCAAAACUUCCCUGUUACUGAACUCUGUCCACAGAAAGUGUGUAAACCUUGCUUGGAUGGUUGGGUUCUGUUCCAGUCAAAUUGCUACCUGUUCACAAAGGAUAUGUAUUACAGUCAGUGGAAAACCUGGAAGAAAAGCCAGGAGUUCUGCAAAGAGAAGAAGGCUGAUCUGGUGGUGAUUGAAACCUUGGAGGAACAGGAGUUCAUUAAUAAUAACACAAGUGAAUAUGACAGUCCAAAGCAUGGCUACUGGAUCGGUUUGAGCAAGACAGACACAUCUGGCACAUGGAUGUGGAUAAAUGGAGGAAAUCUCACAGUGAUGUUCUGGGCAACAGAGCAGCCGGGCUACACACAGGCCUGUGCUUUAAGUAAACCACAAGCAGAUCCUCUGGCCAGCUGGGACAAAGUGAGCUGCACCAUGCGGAACCGCUGGAUCUGUGAGACCAGAGCUUUGAUCAAACCUGAUUAGAAAGUCAAGCUGGGAAAUCCUACAUGACAAAGUCUGUAAAUGUGUGACGUUUCUCAAACAUUUGGAAGUCUGUAAAGUGUGUUUCAUUUUUAUGCGUGUUUGAACGGGAUUCAAACUAAGCCUUUACGCUCCUAGAAAAGGGCAAAAGUGUCUUUGUUCAGCAGUUUGCUUAUGUGUAUGCAUAGUAAAAAUUAUUAUGGCAGACUUUUCAGCAUGACAACAACCCAAACGGCUUAAGAAAUGCUAGCUGGUUAAAACAAGAAGGUUUUCUGACGGUUCUGACCUGAAUAACAGGAAUUAAAUAUUUCUGAAAAUAAUUGUUUCUUUUGUGUAAAAUGCCUAAUUAGGUGGGAGUGGCAACACAAAGAAGGUGAAUUGUUCUGAAGUCAGACAAAUAUGUGUGUUGUUUUUGACCUCAUUCCUGCUUUAUUUUUUGUGUGCCCUAAAGACUUUA